AAUGCAAUGCUUGAAGCCAUGGAAGCCCUGAAAACCAAUCAAAAAGUGAGUGCGUGGCAACAGCCAUGAAAGAAGACGCACUGCAAUGGCCAAGGCAGCUGUUGCAGUCUGACGCAACACGGAACGUGCCAAAAGUCCGGUACAAGCUUCAAAGAUAUCAUUCACGCAAAAGAUCCAAUGUGUCAGAACAGGAAGAUUGAGAUCAACAACAGCCACCUUUGCUUGCGUGCUUGACCACCUUUCUUCAUCGGCUCAUUUUUUGCUCCAUGUCCACCGUACCUUUCCAAGCUUGUUGAAUUUGUUGUUGCUGCAUAUAUGAUAAUAUUUUGUUGACCUCUAGCUCUCAAAUAAACUCAAAUAAUAAACCCAUCAAGCUAGCUAGCAAGGAAGAAACUUCUGAAUUAUCUCCUGAUCUUGUAACCAACUGAUUCCAAAAGAGGAUGUCUCUACUAUCACUGUACGACGAGAAAUGGUACGAGUAUCUAGACAAGCUGAAACAGUUCAAGAAAGAUCAUGGGCACUGUAGAGUUCCCUAUAAGAAUUCACAAAUUGGACAAGGAAUACUGGCCAAAGAGCGAUAUUGCCAGCUACAAGGACUAGGCUUUACUUGGAAUCAACAACGUCGUGACAGCAAAUCGUCCUCCACUUGUAGAAGAUGCAAGAGAAAAUUGGACACCGAUGCAAAUGACGAGGCUUCUGAUUCUGAUAUUGAGGAAGAAGAUUUGGAUCAGGAAGCUUUGGGUUUGGGUAAUGGCAAUCCUUGCAAGGAGGAAUCCUCCGAUGAUGAAACAGUCAGCUGUCCUCCCAAGACGAACACCGAGGACUCUGAUAUUGUGGCUGAAGAGGAAGACUCGGAUGAUGAGGCAAGUAGUGCUGGUGUAGCUUCAAGAAUGACCAACAACAAUGAUCAGCUAUGGAAGCUCCACAAGUUGGUGGCUGCCCAGCAAACAAUAAUCAGACAUCAGUUGGACCAGCUACAAGACCAGAAAACAACCAUUCGCAGUCAAAGGAGGACCAUCAAAAGACUGAAAAUCAAGAAACAUGACCUCCCAAAGCAAAUAAUAUCCACCUUGAGAAAAUAG